GAGGAUGCCUAGACGAUACCCGGCCGACAAAGGGAUGAAAGAGACCCGAGCAUGGAACGUUCCCCAUUACAAGCGCCUGCACAACUGUCUCCUGACCUCUCUCGGCGAGGAAUACUUGGCACAGACAUCUUACCUCGAGUUCGACGCGGCGGAUGAAGUCGUCAAGGAUGAAAAGCUCAGGAGUUUGGCGGUUUGUGAGAAGGAGGAGCUGAAUGUGGUUAUCGGUGGGACGUUUCACUUCGGUGCCCGACACUUUGGCCGAGUAAGCGGAGAGGAUAUCUGGGCCAGGUCGACAAUCGAUUCGUACCAGUCAUUGGGGUACACGUUCCUCUACGCCUUCGAAAUCAUCGAAUCCAUGGAGAUCAACCUCGAGAUCCCUUCUCUCGUCCACAUGGUCAUGGCCGAAGCGGGUCACAUCAAGGAUUGCAGCUCGCCUGAUUACGAACCGCACGAGAAUUGGCGGUGCGUCAAGAGCGAAGGAUUUGAAGAGGGAUUGCCGAUCUGGAAGAUGUUUUCCUGGCACUUUUGGGAAUCUCCCGCGCAUCCUCUUGGACAUCAAUUCACGCUUGCCCCGGAAGAUUAUGCGCGAUAUCCUAGCCGACAAGGAAAGGAGAACAACCUUUAUAUCGGCUAUUCCAUCGAGUCCUAUUGCGCCAAUGUCCAACCGGAGGCGGACAGAGAACGUCGAGCGUACAUUCUCGCCAAACACGCUUCCUACUUUGAGCCUCCCGCUUACAAGUACUCGACCGACGUCUUUGAGCGGAUCAAGGGGUCUUCGGGGAUCGACUUCAUCGCAGGAAGUGGAAAGCAGGGGGAUCAAUUGCCGGACGAGGGGAUCGAGAACAUGGGGAUGAUGCCGAGCGAACGGUUCGUCCAGGAGUUGGGCAGGAGCCAGGCAUUGAUCGGUAUCGGCAAGCCUAUCAUUAGCCCCACACCUUACGACGCGCUAUGCAUGGGAGUGCCUUUCAUCAACCCGGUCAUGCAAUGGUCGACUGAAAAUCCUGAAGACCGUUCUUUGUGGACUUGGCAACACGAGGGUCUGGCGAAUGUCGAGGCCCCUUACGUCUACACUGUA